AGACCCACAUUUUCUACUCCCAUGUACUAAACUGAGUUAUUUUGUUUUUGUUUUAUGCAUGUAUGUUAAGUUGGUAUUGUCAGAAAGAACUGAGUAGGCAGUCGUUUGGUUUCUUGGUCUUGUGUAAUUAAUAGUCCAUCUCUUUUAUUGCAACUGCGUUUAUUAGUGUCUCUUCUGUUCCAUAGCUUUCACUGCUUCCUUUGUUAUUAUUAGAGUGAACAGUAGUGAGUAUAGUACUGCUACUACUUACUGCCUUUGUGUAGUGGUGGGUGAAGGUUUUAUUGUUUUUUUGGGGAAAGGAGGCAAAGCAUGGAGUCUGGAUUUUCUUCUUCUUCAAUGGGUUUCAUGGAAAAUGUGGAGCAACCUCAUGUUUUGGCUGUGGAUGACAGUGAUAUUGAUCGGAAACUUAUCGAAAAGCUGCUCAAGAAUUUCUCUUGCAAAGUGACUACUGCAGAAAAUGGGGCAAGAGCAUUGGAGUUUCUAGGCUUGGGAGAUCAUCCAAACCAUUGCAAUGUCUCAAAGGUAAAUCUGGUAAUUACAGAUUAUUGCAUGCCAGGAAUGACAGGAUAUGAACUGCUUAAGAAAAUCAAGGAAUCAUCAGUCAUGAAGGAGGUUCCAGUGGUGAUUAUGUCAUCUGAAAAUAUACCAAAUCGGAUUAGCAAGUGCUUGGAGGAAGGAGCUCAGAUGUUCAUGCUAAAACCGAUCAAACAGUCGGACAUUAAGCAAUUGAGAUGUCAUCUGAUGAAUUGCAGGAGCUGAAACACGUACUUUGGUCUGGAGGAGAAGUGGAGAGAAGCUAAAGAAAUCACCUGCUAAUUUUUGUUUUUAGGUUUUGUUUCCUCAGAACUUGCUAUCUUCACAUUUUGAAUCAGGCAGAUAUUUUGAACAAACAUACAUUUGUUUGACAUU